AUGGUAUUAUUUGGAACAUACUUCUGGUAUCCCGAGUGGCCUGAGUCUGAUGUCGAUCUAGUACCACUACCACAAUGCGAUGGUCCUAAGCUGAAACCGUUCGAUUUUCAGGGUCCUCAAGAAAUCGAAUUUCUCGAAUGCAUCGGAGAUGGUUCACAUUCAUACGUCUUCAAGGUCAAAAUCUUGGGGCAGAUUUACGCACUAAAACUGUUUAAAUUCGUCCCUGGCUUUUAUUGGAUGGGUCCGGGUUAUUUGGACGCUGAUCCCGAUCGUGAGUCGUUGAGCGCCUUUUACAACUACGCAGAGCCGUUCAGGUGUGAGUGUCGCGCCUAUGGUAGACUCUAA